CCAGUGAUGAACGGAGCGGCGGUGCCCGGCAGCCCGGAGCUCUCCUCCUCAUGCCCGCUGCCCGACUGGCGAGAGUUCUGCGAGCUCCACGCCCGAGCCUCCGCUGCGGAUUUCGCCCACAAGUUCCAGCGUUUCCUGUCCGAGAACCCAUGCUACGACUCACCCGGCGCUGACACCAGUUUCUCCCAGCACUUCGCCCAACACUUCCUAGAGUGUUUCGCGGCAGCGCUGACCCAGGCGCGGAGAACCAGGCGUCCCGCCGGGGAGGACGGCUCCAACGCACCGCCCAAGUACGGCAUCGUCCCCUCUGGCAUCCAGGGCUGCCCUCUGUCCUACGGCCACGACAUCUACCAGAGACGCAAAGACGCUGGGGCCUCCAGCGAAUCCCUGGACAGUAUGGACAGUGGAGGAGUAGGAGUAGGAGCAGGGGUAGUGGGAGGAGAUGGCAGCACCACCACCUCCUCCCGAGGCCUGCAGUCUGCCCAUAAGGUGUCUGCACUGGGCCAGUCGCGCAGCUCCGAGGAUGUGUCGGUGAGUCACCCCAAGGCUCGCUUCAAGAAGGGCUUCUCCCUGAGGAACAUGAGCCUGUGCGUGGUGGAUGGGGUGAAGGAGAUCUGGCACCGACGGGCCUCCCCCGAGCCUGACGCUCCUCCCGGAGCCAGGAAGGCUAACGGGGGCGGAGGAGGGGAGGCAGGGGGAGAGAAAUGGUCCCAAAAACUGCGCCUCCCCAGGGGGUCCCAGGGUCAAAAGGCCGAGCUGCUGGAAAUCCAGAGGGAGGGGGUGCUGAGGUACAUGGUGGCUGAUGACACUAACUGUAUGGGCGCCGCGCAGUGGCAGAAGUGUCGUCUGCUCCUGAGGAAGAUGAAGAGGGAGGAAGGAGGGGAGAGGUUUCUGCUGGAGUUCUACGUACCGCCUAAGUCAUCCAAGCCCAAGGUGAGCAUCCCUCUGUCGGCCAUCGUGGAGGUGAGGACCACCAUGCUGGAGAUGCCCGAUAAAGACAACACCUUUGUUCUCAAGGUGGAGAGGGGUGAGUACAUCCUGGAAACCAUCGACUCGCUGCAGAAAAACUCCUGGGUUGCUGACAUCCAGGACUGCAUAGACCCCGGUGACAGCGGCGAUGACAUCGAGCUGGCGUCGUGUCCCCAUGGUCAGUCAUCCAAAGGUUGCUCCAUGGUGGCCUCCUGCAGCUGUGAGCUGCUGUCUGAGGGUGUGUACCGGGCUCCGGAGAGGUCCUGCAACAUAGCAGCCGAGCACUAUGGUGCCCCCUCGGCCCGCUGCAGGGAACCCCCCUUCACUCAGCACCCCUUGAGCGUAAAGAGCAAAAACAAGCUCUCCAAAACUGUUAACAUUGCGGAGAAGGUGAUCGGUGGCGAUGGCGUGAAAGAUUCAGACGGGGACGCCAGCCUGUCCGGGUACCCCUGGUUCCACGGCACUCUGUCCCGCGUGCGCGCGGCUCAGCUGGUGCUUGCAGGCGGGGCAAGGAGCCACGGGCUGUUCGUGAUUCGCCAGAGUGAGACAAGGCCGGGCGAGUAUGUCCUCACCUUCAACUUCCAGGGCAAAGCCAAGCACCUGCGUCUGUCAGUGAACGAGAACGGGCAAUGCCACGUGCACCACCUGUGGUUCCACACCGUGUCCGACAUGCUAAGACACUUGCACGCCCACCCCAUCCCACUGGAGUCCGGCGGCUCUGCUGACAUCACGCUACGCUCCUACGUGCAGGUGCAGAGAUGCAGCACCACCGCAGACGUGAUCGUGCCUCAAGUCCCUGCCCCGCCCAGAGACGCAGGCUGCUGGACUGAUGCAGCCCAACCGGGCCUCCACCUCCCGGGUGUUGCACCGCCCGCGGGGCCCCCUCCUGACGCCCCUCUCUCCUCCAGCUCCUCCUCCUCGCCCACUGCCCUCACAUCCCUCUCCCGCAGUGACCCGGGCACUGGGGGAGGGGGAGGCGGGGGAGGGCUGCAGAGCCGGAGCAACAGUUCGGAGCGUCUGCUGGAGGCCUCUGGCGGUGUGUCGGAGGACUACCAUGACAGCGACGGGACGCGCAGGACCAGGGCCGUGGAGAACCAGUACUCUUUCUACUAGAGGCCGUAUCAGGACCCAGACCGGGUGUUGGAUCAUUGAAGAUGCUGAAAUGUGAGGGACGUAUGCCCCAAAAGGAAAAAGGCUUGAUGAGUGACAAGGGGAACUCCGCUGCUGAUGGAAAGGGUCCAAGUCACUGGAUCAC